AUGUUGAAGUUACCCACUUAUGUUGAUGUGUUGGAAAGGGCUGCUAUAGUGGAAGGAAAUAUUGCGGCUCAGAACCGAAUUUCCGAGUGGAAAGGGAAAAGGCAAAACAGUCAAUGGUCAAAGGGGACAACUACUCCACCAAACAAGAAACAAAAUUCAGGGACGUCAAGUGCUUCUACCCCUAGUCAAGAUUCAAUUCCUAGAAAGAAACAAAAUGGCAAUAGGGCUGCUACCAGUUCAGCAAGGUCUACACCACCUACCAACACUAAGUCAGCUGCCAAGCCUACUAAUAAUAAAGACACUGCGAGACAAGGCAGGGUGUUUACAUUGGUUCCGGGAGAUGUGCAUAAUGCGGCAACAGUGGUGUCAGGUACAUUUAUGGUUCAUGGUCAUUCUGCUUAUGUAUUGUUUGAUUCUGGCUCCACCCACUCUUUUGUGUCGAAACUAUUGGCUCCUAAUCUAGAUAAAACUGAAGAAAAAUUGUCUUAUAUGUUGUGUGUGUCUUCACCUAUGGGAGACUCUAUGAUAUGUGCUUCUAUUUAUUUAGCUUGUGAACUCCAACUUGGGGAUAUUCGGAUAUAUGCUAAUUUGUUACCUCUCGGCAUGACGUGUUUUGAUAUUGUUCUGGGAAUGGACUGGUUGAGUGAAUAUGGUGCAACUAUAGACUGCUUAACGAAGCAAAUUAGUUUCCACCCUCCGGGACAAUCAGAAUCUACUUUUCAAGGUCAGGGAGUGGCCUUUCCACCAUAUUUGAUUUCUGCAGCAAAGGCUUGUAAACUCAUUCAGAAAGGGUGCCAAGGGUAUUUAUGCAGUGUUUUGGAAGGGCAGGUGAUGGGCGGAAGUACCGACAUGAUUCCAAUUGUCUGUGAAUUUUCGGAUGUUUUUCCGGAAGAAUUACUGAGGGAAUUAGUGAACCGAGAAAUUGAAUUUACCAUUGAAGUGAUACCGAGAACCCAACCUAUCUCCAAGACUCCAUACAGAAUGUCACCAGCUGAAAUGAAGGAAUUAAAGAUUCAGUUGCAGGAUUUACUUGAUAAGGGGUUCAUUCACCCGAGUGUGUUGCCUUGGGGUGCACCAAUUCUGUUUGUGAAAAAGAAAGACGGAACACUCCGAUUAUGUAUAGACUACAGGGAGCUUAAUAAAGUGAAAAUCAAGAAUAAGUACCCAUUGCCACGGAUCGACGAUCUAUUUGACCAACUACAAGGGGCACAAGUCUUUUCAAAGAUUGAUUUAUGA